ACGGCCACACAGCAAGGAUUCUGCUCUUAAAUGCCAUCUGCCCAAACCACACGGUGGUUGAGUCUCUGCAGAAGGCCGGUUCCCCCGCCCGCGGAGACGCGCCGCCGCCCCUCCCCUUCCUCCUGGGCUUCGGGUGGCGGUGGGCGGAGUGUGAAGGCCUUUCGCCAACAAACUCUCCGGCACAACAUGGCUUGUGAACUGUAUCAGAAAAGCGAGACCUUGGCUCUUCGGCAGAAGUUAAUUGCGGAGACUAACGUGGAAGCUGGAGAUUUAAGGGAGGGAUACAGUGAUAUUCUGGAGCAGGUCUGUAACAAGAAGGAGGAGGUGGUGGAAAUAUUAGAGCGCAUUACAGUGGAUAAAUCCCCAGGACCUAACUGAGUCCCAGGAUGCCAAGGAAAGCAAAGAAGGAGAUUUUUGCAUCUUCUUUAGCCACAGACCUUUUUGCAGGCUUUUUUUCCCAGAUGAUCCGAUCAAGAUCGUCAGAGCUCAAGGCCAGUACAUGUUUGAUGAGAUGGAAAGAAGAUACCUGGACUGUAUUAACAAUGUUGCUCAUGUUGGACAUUGUCACCCAGACGUUGUGAAAGCUGGAUCAGUACAGAUGGCAACAUUGAACACAAAUGCACGUUUUCUUCAUGACAAUAUAGUCCAGUAUGCUAAGAAAUUAUCAGAGACACUGCCACAGAAGAUAUCGGUUUUCUAUUUUGUGAACUCGGGUUCAGAGGCAAAUGAUCUUGCCCUCAGGCUGGCUCAACAAUACACCCAGCAUGAAGACAUUGUUGUCCUGGAGAAUGCCUACCAUGGACACCUUAAUUCAUUGAUAGACAUUAGUCCUUACAAGUUCAGGAAUCUGAGGCCACAAAAGGAUUGGGUUCAUGUGGUACCUAUUCCAGACACCUACCGAGGAAUGUACAGGGAAGAUCAUCCGGAUCCAGCAUUGGCCUAUGCAAGUGAGGUGAAAGCUGUUAUCGAUGAAAUAGAAAAGAAAAAUCGUAAGGUUGCGGCAUUUUUUGCUGAAUCUUUACCAAGUGUUGCGGGUCAGAUAAUUCCACCUCCAGGAUAUUUCCAGAAGGUAGCAGAACAAAUUUGGAAUGUUGGAGGAUUAUUUGUUGCUGAUGAAAUCCAAGUUGGAUUUGGAAGAGUUGGCAAGCACUUCUGGGCAUUCCAGCUGCAAGGAGAUGAUUUUGUACCAGACAUUGUAACCAUGGGCAAACCUAUAGGAAAUGGAUAUCCUUUAGCCUGUGUUGCUACAACCAAAGAAAUUGCAGAUGCAUUUGCAGCAACUGGAGUGGAGCAUUUUAAUACGUUUGGAGGAAGCCCCGUAUCUUGUGCAAUUGGGCUCGCUGUUUUAGAGGUCAUUGAAAAGGAAGACCUUUGUGGAAAUGCAACAAGAGUGGGUACCUACCUGAUGAAUCUGCUAAAUGAGCAAAAAACCAAACAUCCAAUCAUCGGCGAUGUCAGGGGCGUUGGCUUAUUUAUUGGAGUAGAGCUUGUAAAAGAUCAGCAGCAGAGGACACCAGCUACUGAGGAAGCCCAGUAUUUAAUCGCAAGGUUGAAGAAAGAAUUUAUCUUACUUAGCUGUGAUGGACCAGGUAGAAAUGUCCUCAAGUUGAAACCCCCAAUGUGCUUCACCAUGGAGGAUGCUCAAUUUCUUGUUGAAAAAGUUGACAGACUACUUACAGAAAUGGAGAUGGCUGACAAGACUGUAACAAAUUGAAAUAGCUGAACCAAGUCCCAAACCUUAAUGAAAACUACAACAUGGAAAAAAAAUGGCCUCAGCAACCCAUUAUGGCAUUUAAUGCAAGCUUUACUUAUUUAACUACUAUCAAUUCUUUACCUCAAAGUUUUGACAAAUUUUUCAUUGCAAUCUUGAAACUGAAUUUCACAUUCUCUACUUUUAAAAUGCAAUAACAAUCUAGAUUACAGGCUAUUACAAAGGCCACAGUAAGUACUACAAACUUAAAGUAUUUGAUGAUUUCACACAAAUUACUGUAAUUCCUAUUUAAGUUGAAGAACAGAAAUGACCAAGUUUGAGACACUAAUUCUAUAGUUUAAAAACUUUCAAAAAUUACCAGAAUCAUCUGUUAGACUGGCUGCUGCAUCAUCCUAGUUUUUACAUUAAUGUGCUCUACUGCGAUCUGCAGACAGCUCCAGAUCAGUCAUAUGCACCCAGCACAAACACAUCGUGAGCAAACUUUCUUUUGAUGCUUGCAAACUUCAAAAAGAG